CUUGCGCAAUAUGUUUUGCACGGCCCUGCUUGUCAGUAGCGUCUGUUUGGUGUUUGUUGUCAUAUUUAGGGGGCGAAAGACAGAAUAAAUAGGUUUUAACCCCGAACCUGUCGCAUGAGGUUCCUGGGCGAGCCCCUCCCUGCCAUGAGAGCAGACCACCAGGUCAACAGCCCCCCCUCCUUCUGCAGUUGAUGGAUCUGCAGCUGGUCCCGAGAUGACAGACAGCGUCAGGGCCUUCCUCCAGAAUGUUGCCACGGGGAUCAAGGACUCCAUCCUGGGGAUUGGAACGAUCUCCAAGCUGGAUGCCCGCAUUCAGCAAAAACGGGAAGAGCAGCGGAGGAGAAGAGCCAGUGGAGCCCUUGCACAGAGGCGUGCACAGAGUGAGGAACGCAAGCCCGACAAUGAGCCAAAAGUAGCCAGCAGGAUUUUUCAGUGCUGUGCCUGGAAUGGAGGGGUGUUCUGGCUCAGUCUGUUUCUCUUCUACCGGGUGUUUAUCCCACUGCUGCAGACUCUCACAGCAAAAGUUAUCGGUGACCCGUCCCUUCAUGGUAGCGUGUGGUCCUGGUUAGAGUUCAUCCUGACCUCUGUCUUCAGUGCUCUCUGGGUUCUUCCCCUAUUUGUUCUCAGCAAGAUCGUCAAUGCCAUCUGGUUCCAGGACAUAGCUGACCUAGCAUUUGAAGUGUCUGGCUGCAAAGCUCAGUCGUUCCCCAGCGUCAGUAAGAUCAUCGCAGACAUGCUUUUUAACCUCCUCCUCCAGGCACUCUUCCUCAUACAGGGUAUGAUUGUUAGCCUUUUUCCCAUCGAUGCGAUUGGACAGAUGGUUAGCCUCCUCCACAUGUCUCUGCUCUACUCCCUGUAUUGCUUUGAGUAUCGUUGGUUCAACAAUGGUAUUGAGAUGCACCAACGGCUGUCCAAUAUCGAAAGGAAUUGGCCAUAUUACUUUGGCUUUGGUUUACCCAUGGCUCUGCUGACCGCCAUGCCCUCCUCAUACAUCAUCAGUGGCUGCUUGUUUUCCAUCCUCUUCCCUCUGUUCAUCAUCAGCGCAAAUGAAGCAAAGACACCAACAAAGCUGUACCACUUCCAGCUGCGUCUCUUCUCUCUGGUUGUGCUGAUCAGCAACAAGCUUUUCCACAAGACUGUCCACCUGCAGUCCUCCUUGACGUCAUCGGCCUCGUCAGAGAAGCUGUCCUCGCCCCACACCUCCCCAAACCGCCAGAGGCUGCAACCCACCCAGUGACGGGCCUACUUUCUUUAUCAAGGACAGGAACUACCGAGUGGCUUCAUUCAGUUUGGAAAAAACGAUUCUUCCAGAGAGAUUUCCAUUCAUGAAGAUGAUAUGUGAUGAAGGACACGGGUUAACAUGUUUUAUCUAAUCUCUGGGUCCUGGGUUGUUAAAAUGCUGCAUCUGCCAGACGCCUCUUCAGUUUGACACAAAAAUUGACUGACCUGUGUCACACUGAACAUGUUUAGUCUACAACUCUUUUCUUUCAAUAUGAGGUUUUGUAUAAAGUGCCAUUUGAAUGACUCUGAAUAAGUUACAGCAAAAGGCGUCAUAUCCUUUUGUUUAAGCAAAAAUGACAAAAGAAGCGUCUCUUUUUCCACUUUGAAGGGGUUUGUUUGCAUUCAGAAGCAAAGCACAGUUGUUUUACCUGCAGCACAUGUUUUCUUGGUGUUGCAAGUCACAUUUCCUCUCAGAUUGAAAGCUUUCUUGCACAUGAAUUAUGAUGUUCUUGCCGUUCCAAGAACAAACUUGUACAGCUACAAAGGGACCCCCCCACCUCCCCCGGCUGUUAAUUCUGGCGCUGCUUACACAGUUUUCAGUAGAAUUUACAAAUCAGUGCAGGAGCUGCUGAAAAAAAGGAUUAAUGGUAUUUUGUAACAGUAACCAAAUAACAGUUGCUUGUGUCGACAGAAACUUAGCUUGGUGUCUCACCCCCAACUUAAAAUCUCCCUUGCUCCACUGUCUGCUGCUGUAGUUCAUAAGGUUGCGCCCAUAUAGAAAAAGCUGUCUGAUUUGUGUAACACGAGUUAACGAUGGUGAGAUGACACUGCCAAACUGCUGCAUCAACAUUCUGCUUGCUUCACUUAAACCACUACAAUGCAAAUCUCUGUAAUAAAAGGAGUUGUGAGGUUAAAGCCUUUAUAAUCCUAUUGAAUAUGUGAUCAAGCUCCACUUCGUUCACAUUCUGUAAGGCUGAUCUCUUUUAAAUGUUCAGAAGCCCUCCGCUUCACAGCAACACCCAACCGAACUUUUCUCUUGCUCGACAGAGCUUAGUGGCUGUGGAGAGGGGGAGUGAUAAGCAACUUAUAGUGUUUGUGCAGGCCGAUGUUUGUGAGUGAGAUUUUGUAAAUGUAGCACCCCUGGUUUCAAUAAAAUUGGUCAGUAUUGAA